AUGCACCAUCAAAAGAAAUCAAUCAACAAAGUGUUGGAAGAAGCCAGUAUCAAGCAGGGAUCUGCAGAAAUGAUCAAGUCUUAUCAGAAGGCCAUCAACACCAUCAUGAAGUCCCUUACUGCCAAGGAGAUACAGGAGACUGAGGCAUUGGCCAAAGAAUGGAAUGAGUGGCAGCCACCUAGGGAUGUUCAGUCAGAAACUGCAGAGAAGAAAGGCUGUAAAUAUGCCAAGGAAUUUGCUAAGGAAAUGUGGAAGCAGUGUGGUGCCAGGGUGGUAGUGAUGGCAGCAUGGGAAGAUGCUGAUGGAGAGAUUUUGACCAACUUGUCCAGACAUGAUUUCAAUGAUGAAUUGGGUAAUGGCAAAUUAUUUGAGGAGUUGGACAAGUGCCAGGAUAAAUUUUCAAGGCAGAGAAAGAGCAAUGGGAAACCUAAAACCAUCCUGCCAGUCAGCAAAAACAGCACACCAUACAUCCCAAACAUAUUGGACAUGCAGGCACCAAAGUUGAAGGAUAUCAUGUGGACAUUUGUGACAUUUCACUAUCGGAAGGCCUGUGGGAAUUCACAGGCAACUGUUCCAUGGAGUGCGAUAAUGACCAACACUGCACUUUAUAUUGCACCACAGUUUCUGCCACCUGAGGUUCCCUUCAAAGAGCCAAGUCAACUUACCCAGGAUGAGUUGACAGUGAUCUUAGAAUGGUGGCAAGAGAGAAAAGAGCAGCAUCCCAACAAUAUAUUCAGCUUCAAGAAGUGGAGAGAUGCUGGAGGGUCCCUCCAAAUGCUGGUGGCAGAGGCUGACAGCAGUGGAGCAAGGAUGUGUGUGAAGCAGGAUUUGGAUGGGAGACCAGAACACUCAGCAGGCAAAAGGACAAUGGAUAAAAUGAUGUGGGGUAUGAAGGAAUGCAACUGGAACUUAAAUGUGCAGCAAUAUUAUCUAAUGGGGAACAAAGUUGUAGGGUCUGAUUCUGACAAUGAAUCCAAUCUCUGUCAAAUUCCACCAACAUUGCCAUCAAACAGAAAUGACAGUACAGGCACAAGCAUGGUGGAUGAAGAUGCUGCAGAGGCAGUACCAUUGCUGGAUUCCCAGCAGCAGAUUGCUGGAUGCCAAGUGGCUGAGGGUAACACCUGCCAGCCAAUUGCCAUUGGCAAGGAACCAUCAAAUGCCUUGUGGCAGGUUGAGGGCAGCAUCACAAGCCCUGUGCAACCUGUGCCUGAUGCCCACUGCAUUGAUUCACCUGAUUCAGUCCACCUGGCAGAUCCUUUGGCAGUGCCAACAACUAUCAGGAGAGACCAUAAACAGGAAGAUUCAAAGCACAAGUUGCUCAUUCCAUUGAUGAGUCAGUACUUGUGCCACAGUCACUGA